CGGUAAAAAAGCUUGGUUUAUGUUUUCUUUCUUUUUCCUUUUUAUCUUUGACACACGGGAACAAAAGAAGCAUCUUUUGGAUUUGUGCUCCGACGAAACAACGAGGAGUGGUCAUUGUUGUUGUUGCAUCAGCAGCAGCCCAUGGCCAGCAGCAGGCUGUCUUCAUCCUCAAAUCACUUCUUUUCCUCUUCGCCUCUCAUCUCCAGCUCUAAUCUCUCUUGAAAUCAUCCUCCCCAUCUCUCUCUCUUUCUCUCGAAGCAGCUGCUUCAUCCAUCUCUUUCUCGCUCUCUAUCUUCCUCUCGACCGCUGUUGCUGCUACGGCUGCUGCAUUGCUACUAGGCAUCCAGUGCGGUGUUGGAGCAGCAGCAGCGGCGACGGAGGAAUCGUGGUGUUUCAGCAGCAGCAGCCGCCAAUCCGGAUCCGAGAGGGUGGUGGUGAUGAACCAAGCAGAUCUCCAACGUCGUGGUGGCGGCUGCAAGAACAAGAGGCAGGGCUCGUCACCGGGUAAAUGCGGUAGCGGCAGCUGAAUAUAAUAGCGGUGCGGAAUUCUACACACAACCACACACAGAUGCGCUAUAUAUGCUGCUUCCAGUCCGAGGGAGGAGUAAGCGCUCCUAACUAGCUUCGCCACGGGCCGCGCGGCCACAACAACGCUCGCUCUUUCUCUCUCGAGCAGUGUUCAUGCUCCUGGGUG